AUGAAAAGGUUACAGUGCCUCCUUCACCGACUGUCCAAGAGUGAAGACCUUCUACUCCAGUACAAUGCUGCGGUCACGCAGUAUCUCAAGGAUGGUCACGCAGAACCCGUGCCUUCGCACGACACAGUCCAGAACAAGACGUAUUACAUGCCGCAUCACGAAGUCAUCAAGGAGUCUUCCACGACGACUAAGCUACAGGUUGUUUUUGAUGCGUCAUCGCGCGCGGCCGGAGCGACAUCCUUGAAUGAUCAUCCAGAGAAAGGCCCUAACGUCAAGAAAGACCUGUUGAAGAUGUUAUCACUUCGCAUACAUAAGAUUGGAUCUUUCACGACGUGGAAGCCAUUCAUCCGUAAUCGAGCCUCUGAAAUGCAAGACCUAACAGUUCCUUCACUAUGGAACCACUGCGCUGGAAGGGUCAACCUUGCAGACUUGAUUUCCAGGGGAAAGGAGUCGAGUCGGCCUGAUGUGGCUGAAGUGUCAACUGGAGGUCCCUGCUCCCAGCAGGCCAGGGUGUCUGCCGUGUGGAGUCAGGCCAGCCGCCAGGAAGCCACUGUGGUGGCACAUGAGCUGCGCACCGGUGAGACGUUGCGCUGUACUGUGGUUGUUGACCAAUUGGCUUCGCUCAAGCUGGUUGGUGCCACAGAGCUUCUGCUGGAGGACUCACCACAGCUGCUCCGGUUGACUGGACAGGACCAACAAGGGGACACCUUCUCCUCCCUGGAUGGCAUCUCCUUUGACUGGAGCCUGCAGCAGCAGGAGCCUGUUCUCAGGUUUGCGUCACAUGGGCCAGCUGGUGUGAAACUGCAUGGUCGGCACGGAUGGGCGGUCCUUGUCCAGGGCCAAGCAGUGGGCACGGCACGACUAUCUGUGCAGCCUGCCCAUGCAGCCUAUGCACAUGUGGCGCCCCAACAGCUGGAGCUGCGUGUGGUGGACAGUGUACGAAUCGAGCCAUCGGUCGUCUUCCUGCUCAUUGGCUGCCAGGCGUGCUUCCGUGUGAGCACUGCAGGGGCACAUGGGCAACCAUACGCCCUGCGCACGGAGGAUGACCGGGUGGCUCGUGUGGAGGGGACAUGCGUCUUGGCCCAAGGGCUUGGCCACACCCGACUGCUGCUUGCUGAUACCUCUUCAUCCAUCAAUGUGCGGACUGCUGAUGUGCACGUAGUCAGACCAAGCUACCUUCGUUUGGCUGUGUCCCCAGGGGUGUCCUGGGUGCUGGAGCGCCAGGGCAUAUACCAAAUUCUGGUGCUGCUGUUUGAUGAGCACCACCAUCAGGUUCACGCAGGCAAGGGCCUGCAGCUGCAUGUCCACUUACCAGCCGAGUAUUUUGACGUGCUCAACUCCACGGAGAAUGGUACCCUCUACCAGGUGCGCCCACUCCGGACGGGGAAGACAGUGAUUAGGGCACAGCUGCAGGGGUGCCAGCGACUGGAUGGUGCACUGUUGCGAGCCACAGCAUCAGGAGAGCAAGAGGUGUCCAUUGAGGAGCCACUUUCAGUGCAGCCCGAAACAGUGUGGCUUCCUUGGGACCCAGAGAAGGAGCCAGUGUACACAUUGCGGGCACAUGCUCGGGGUGGCACUGGGGCCCCAGUGCAUUGGCAGCUAGAGGCAGCACCAGCCUGGGCGGAUGUUGAGGCCCUCGGCACUGUGGCUACCCUGGUGACAAGGGGCGGCCCCGGCCAUGUUCGACUGGUGGCUCAUGAUGGACACUUCACCCCAGCCAGUAUGCAGGUGUCACUUGCCCCCAUCGUAGAACUGGAGGCCCUAGGCUCACCAGUGCUCGAGGCAGAGUUGCCCAAUGGAGAGUUGCUGGUAGCUGUGGCCAUGUACGGGCGCCACCCCAAGGACCAGCAGCUGAGGCCAUUUGAUGACUGCAGCCAGGUGUUGCUUGAUGUGGAACUCGUGGACAAAAGCAUCAUCAAGCACCUUCCAGGCGCAGGGGGCCCCCCCGUGAGAAAAGGCUGCACCAGCGUGCGGCUGCAGUGUCAGGCGGCUGGCCACACACGCCUGCACCUGAAUCAUGGGCUACUGCGAUCCACCGUGCUGCUCGGCUGCUACAAGCCCUUGAGGGCAGUGCACCCAGCCAAGGCUGUGGCAGUUGCCUACGGGGCACUCAAGGACGUGGCCUUCGAGGGGGGCCCCCGGCCGUGGCCUAUGCUUCCUGCAGGAUACCAAGUGCACUUGUCUCCGAGCAUGGCUGACAUCGUGAGCGUCAUCCGCAUUGUGGACCCUCAUCGCAGAAAUAGAGACCUGCACGUGUUCCAGGUGCUGUGCAAGGCAAUAGGGGAGAUGGUUCUCAAGCUGUCUGUGAGCAACAAUGUCUCAGCCAGCCUCCCGAGCCCAGCCUCCAGCACAGUUGCCAUCAGGUUUGCAUGUGCCACACCCUCAUCAGUGGAACUUCGACUCAGCUCAUCUGGAUCUAAUAAGCAGGUGGUGAGCACUGGGGGUCCCAUUGAGCUGGAGCUUGUCGUGCGAGAGGCCAGUGGUCGUCGACUGGCCAACAUCAGCUCACUGGAUGUGUUGUGGGAGCUGUCAGACUACAGGCUAGCCCAACUGAACAGCCACAGAGACGUCACCAGCCAUGUGGAUGGCUCAGCUGGAUACCGCCGCAAUUCUAAGGACUUCCAGGUGUUGCGGCCCCUCGGGAAAGUAGGCACACUCGCAGUGACAGCCAAGGUGCGUGGAUUCAGUGCCCAGGUGCUUCGCCAGGCAGCCCUGCCCAAACAACAGGUGCCGCUAGUGAGUGGCUCGCUGCAGCUGGAGCUGGUCGAUGGCCUGUCAGCAACAGAGAGUACCCAUCAGGAGCUGUAGUUGGCCGGCCAUGUCACCCCCUAACUGGUGGUGGUGCUUUACUAACAGGUUUGAUUGAUGGCAAUAAAGCCCAUCUGGCAUGGCUA